UGUGUGUGUGCGCGCGCGCGCCGCCCGGCGUAGGAACGGCGUGCGUCCGGCUGGCACCGCACCAGCGCCCGCUCGACCGGGGGACCCCUCAGCUGUUUCCCGCCAAACGGCGUCAUCAGAGAACCGCUGUGAGGCGUACGUAGCGUAUGUUCGUCGCGCGCGCGCUCGCUUCCUACGAGACGGUGUGUACUACGCGAGGAUCUACCGCAGCGCGGCCCAAGUGUGUGUGCGUAAGGCGCGAAAACCGCCAUCAGCCGAUAUCGGACGAGAAAAACGCGCGCGCUUUUCCAACAACCAUCAACCAACAUCAUCAUCAUUCGCAACAUCGUGAGUGCCUGCCUGCCUGCUGCAGCCUGCAAACGCGCAAUUUGCGGUGCGCUCGCCGUGUGUUUACAAAUAUAUCGAUUCGCGGCGUGCGCGCGCGAGAUCGAUAGUUGUACUACGUGAGUGCGGCGAACGCACGAGGACUGGCGUGUUGGAGGCGGCCAUCGUUCCCGCGCGGAGAUUAUGUCCGCGUAUGCUGAUAAGAAGCUCAUCUACGAGGAGGUUUUCGAGGACCGCGUGGAACUGGUGGAAACGAGUGAACUAAUAACAACUGAAGGAGAACCACCGACGAUGGAGCAGGAGAAGCGCAUUCGGCGCGAGAUUGCCAACAGCAAUGAGCGACGGCGAAUGCAGAGCAUCAACAACGGCUUCAAGAGUCUACGACUACUGCUGCCCCAUCACGAGGGAGAAAAACUCAGCAAAGCUGCAAUUCUUCAACAAACAGCUGAAUAUAUCUACGCCCUGGAACAAGAGAAAACUGUGCUGUUAUCGCAGAACUGCCACCUGAAACGACUCGUGCAUCAACAUGAAGGCGGCGAACUGCCACCGAAGAAGCGCAAGACCGAAGCUGUUAUCAUCUCGGCCAUAUCCGAAUCUUCGGAUGAAGGCCUCGGCUCCAUGUCACCGGAGAUGAGCGGUAGUGCAGUCACUAGCGCUGAUAAGAUCGCCGAACUUCAACUCGCCCUCGAACAAGAGCGUCAACUGCGGCUAGCCGCCGAAGAAGCUCAACACCAGCUGGAGUCACAGCUCUACCAGACGCAGAUCUUCCACGUGGAGGAACAGGAUGACAUCAGCCUGCAGAUUGUCGGUCCCGAGAGUGUGCCACCAGUUGGCCACACCCAAACGGUGGUUUGCUCACCGAUCAACUCUCGUAGUUCGAGUCCGACGCCGCCCUCACCUGAUGAGCAGCGUCUGCCCAGCGUGCUGGAGGCAGCGAUAAAAGCCGAACCCAAGGUGGAGGUUGAGCGACUACCAUCGCCAAACCGCGAAUGUACCGACUCCGAUGGUCAGACGCGCAUGUUUGUCUCGAACACAUCGCGCCAGAAUCUCGAGACCAUUGUCGAAGCCAUCCGACACUUGGAGGGCGAUCAUAUGUUCGGCGAUGAGCCGCAAGCGCAGGAGGUGCCGCUCGCGUUGAUUACGACACGGGCGGUUGGCGAGGCGGUUAAAGUCGAAACAACGCCGCAGACCUUCGUCGAGUUCCAUCACACGCCGGCAAGCAUACAACACCAGCAGCAGUCGCGGCCCGGCGUCAUCGUCGGCAAGCAACUGGCGCUCUCGUGAUUGUCGAGCGGAGCUUCUUUUUUAUACGAGCGACAUAAUUAAGCACACAGAUUUACUUUGCAUCAGACCUGGACCUCCAUCAACAUAUACUCUUCGAAAGCAUACGAACUUUAUUGUUAGCGUCAAAAUAAUAGUGUGUUCAUUGCGUUAUGCGAUGCAUUGUAGACAAAUUCCAAUAUUUCAUUUUAAUUAGUUUCUCUAGUUGAGGAGACGUUACAAGCAAACGAAAGCAAUAGCGAUGAAAAUAUCAAGAGGUUAAACGAUAAGCAAGGAAGUAAAAAACAAAACAACCUAUUCAAAUAUCGCAUGCGGACGGCACCUUUUUGCUGUUUACAUUAAUUAUUAUUAUUAUUUCUUUUUGUUACGUUACGUUACUUAAAAACCCGAAAGUUUCUUUUAAUCUUUCUUCUGAGCACACUGAAAUCGUCUUUGCAUAUAUGAAGGUUUCGAAGAUUAAAGCAAGUAAAAUUAGAUCUUCAAACGAAACAUCUCAACUAUUUAGGCAAAAUCAACACAGUAACACACAAUUUCUAAAUAGAAUGUGCAAAGAUGAACGUUUUCUUUAGAUUUACAUUAGCUUCGCAAAAUACACAAAAAGAUAAAAGACUAGAAGAAAAUUAUUGGAAACGCCAAAAACAUAUUUAUAUUGAUGAGAAAGAGAAGUGGAAGUAUCGUUGUCGUAUUAUUCUAAUAUUAUUAUUAUUAUUAUUAUUCAUGAGAAGUGUUUAUUAUUAUUAUCAUUAUUAUUGUAAGAAGUAAGAAUUUUUCUAAUUCAUUCACACACAACACCCGACGACGAUGAGCAUGUAAAACACAAAUCGGCUGGUUCGAUCUUCGGGGCGACCGACGCGAUUUUCCCAUCGAUAGCGCAACGUUUUUGUUCCUUUUUUUAAUUAUUAGUUAUUAUUGUACAUAUUUGAUAGAUUUAUUUACUAUUACUGAUAACUAUUAUGUCAUACAACUAGUAGGCUAACUGAAACUAUUGAUAUAAUUGGUGAACAUUCGUAGCGCGCGUGUGAAUAUGAUGCAUGUAUGCGGAAAAUGGGAAAAAGGAGAGUAAAAAUUAAAGCCCGAAAGUUCGGUUCAUUCAUCUGGCACACAUAUUUAAGCAAGUAUAGGAACAAAACUGGAAAAUCUCACGAAAACACUUGUAAAUAUUUUACAAACAACGCAAAACGAGAACAAGAAACAAGGCAAGGAGAGAGGAGUUGAACGAUAAUGUGAAAUUGGUAUACGUAUUUGAUCGAUAUAUUUGAUAUUAUGGUCACGUUUGUAAAAUACAUAUAUUUUUAUUGUUUUCGUUACUUAUGCGUACGAUGCAUACGGGACUCGAUUAUUUAUUGAUAUGAUGCUAGUUGAUGAAAGUACGAAGCAUAACGAUCGAGGGCGAGUCCUCUUAGCGAAAUUGAAUGAAUAUAUUUAUACAUAUUGUAUCUAUUAGCUGCAUAGUUACGUUUAUAAAAGUUCACAUUUGAACGCUUCCAAUCACACACGCCGGCACCACCAAAUUCUCAAUCGGUAAUGAAUAUUUGUAAACGUUUGGGCAUUUGGUCUGCGUUUUUCUCUGCGUGUGUGGUUUGAAGUGGAAAUGUAUUUUCUUGUAUUUUGAACUGCAGAAGAGCAUACAUGAAAGAUUUGGAAUGUUUCGUACAAUCUUACAUCAUGCAUUUUGUUAGGAUGCUAGAACAAAGUUACAUUUGUUUGGAUAUAGCACAAAUUUGCACUCGACGUUUUUAUACUUAAUGCAGAUGAUGUUGAUAAAUGAAAUUGUACAUACCAAUAUGAAUACGAGCGGCAGGCGCGUGAAAAUAAUGUUCGCAUUUAAAUUGUAAUUCGAUACGGAUUGAAAAUACGCAUUGAUGGACUGGAAAAGUAAGCAAAACAGACUGAAACUUAAUUGCAAAUAACUAAACGAAAUUUUAAGUAACUAAUUUCGCAUUGGGAGAGCAAGCUUAGGAUGGAAAUUUAUCUUUGACGGUUACGUGUUGAUUUGAUUUUCGCAUUUCGAGACUACUAAAAAUUGAAGAAUUUUGUGUGAUAUUUAAAUUUAAUGGCAUGAAUCUUGGGCGACUUUGAUUUUGUAGGAAAAUUGGUUUACUUAAAUCGUUGGUAGGAAUAUAGGCAAUUGAAGUUAGGAAACGCGGGCCGCAUUUAAUUGAAUGGAAGAAAAGUUUUCGAAUGGCAGGAGAGACGAACAUUUAUUACGUUGGUGGACAGCGAGAAAUACCUUACACACUCUAUAUACAAUUAUUCACAAUAUACUAUAAUAUUUGAGAACUAAAAAUUAAAACGUUAAGAUUAAUUGCAACGUACGAUAAGUAAUAUACAGUUAGAAGUGAAAGAUGAAAUUAAAGUUCCUCAUUAAACGCAAAACAAAGCAAAUCAUGUUUCAAAGCAAAUAAAAUGAAGCAAAUGCAUUUUCAAAAUCGGAUUCGAUUUAAGCAAAAAAAUGAAGAGACAAACCCACAGGUUCAAAUAUUAUCUGCAAGUAGUUUCCGAUGUGUACAUGCAGUAAAUAUUUCACCAUCUCGAACAAGCGUCGCAUCCUCAAUCGCUAACGCUGUAAAAUUGUAAAUCGAAUGGGGAUGCGAUGCGCCAACCAUUGAAAUCAAGCAAAGUUUGUUUUGAACUAAUUUUUAAUCGUUAAGUUGCAUUACUUUCGACUCGAAACUGCUAGAUUUGAAAUGAAUUGACAUUUGACAACAAAAAGGACUGAUAGAUUAUAACGAUAAAAUACAUAAAUUAUAAACCUAGCACUAAUUCGAACACUUGGUAAACGCAUGAAAGUUGUGUGUGUGUGUGUUUUUGGCGAAUUUCGUUUGUUGCAGCGUGCAGAGUCGGGCGGCAAUCGUUUCGACGUUUGUAAAUCUAAGCGAUAAGGGGUUUUUAAUAUUGUCCGAGCGACGAUUGUGCGAUUGCUGCAUUAAUUGCGUAUUUUAAGGCAGGUUAGUUAAGUUAAGCGUAAACAGUAAGCAUAAACCUAUUAAGCUAAGCGUGAGUGAAUGCAAAAACAGCAAAUAACGUGCGUACACAGAACUUAAGCAAACCAAACAUAAAACUAAUUUUUUUUUCAUAUUUUUUUUGCUCACACAACAAAGUUUUAUUUCUAAAUGUCAAAAAUCUAUUAUUUUUUUUGUAAAAGUACAUCUUACUGUGAUUGUAAUUGUAAUUUAAAUUAACCCCUUAUGUACGGAAUUGUUUAUAGUUUGAUUGUUUUCGCCUGGCCGACGGGCGUUCUGGGCGCGCGCACUUCGCAAUUAUUGACAAAAAUAUAUGCAGUAUUAUAUCAAUUAUUAUUAUACUAUUAAUUAGAAUUUAAUGAGAGUCGUUGAUAAACAUUUUAAAAUAUAUAAACUAAUGCCUAGUGAAAAUGUUAGACGUUUUGAUGCGAGUAGUGCGCUUGCGAACGCCCGUCGACUGUAUUAAUUUACUUCUCGAAUAUACUUACGACCCCCCCCGAACAUAUUGAUAACAUUGUACGAAACGUUUUACUUGUUUCAUGUUUCAUUUUACAUGUGUACGAAGAACGAGAUGUGGAACGGUUGCAGACAAACAGGAAGCGUGGAACCGAAUUUAUUGUUUUUAUUUUUCUUAGUUUAUUUCGAAACUAUGUUAGACUGCAUUAAUCGCCGUUCAUAUUAUAUCUUAUCACUCUGCAUAACUAAAAACAUAAAUGUAGUAAUUGACUAUUUGUUUUUUAUUUAUUCUGAUUCCCAUUUUACUGUAACUUGUUUCAACAUUGGUGUAGCGAGAGUACGCGCAGUGUAAUUAUGAUUAAUAGCUGGGAUUUUGGAUGUUUUUCUCAUUUUCUUUGUAUAAUAUUUCUUCUUUUUUUUUGUAAUUUUUUUAAUAAAACGCCGAAAAAUUAUUUUUCAUUUUGCUGAGGCAAGAAUAUUACGCGAACGGCAAAAGUAACACGUUUUCUGUGCUUGUAUUCAUAAUUUCAUGGAAAUAUUACUACAAUAAAUGAAUCAUUUGUCCAUAA